UGUUAUAGUAUUCAGUAUUACAGUUUUAGAUUCUUAUUUUUAUUUACAAGAUAAUUCAAUACAUUUUCCUGGUUUUAUUAUUUGGAAAAUACACUAAAAGAACAAGUAACAAAUAUGUGUUAUUAUUUUAUUAUUUGGAAAAUAUAUGCAUGGAUUCAACAUAACAUUUUAAAAUUAUUUGAUCAUUUAUUGAAUUACUCAGUUCAGUAUAUAUAGAAUCAUUUCAACAACAACGUAUCACCAUAAACAAAAUUCUCUACUUUAAUAUGUAAUGUUUCAUUUUUGAAAAAAAGUAAUGUUUCUAGGUUAAAUAUAAAAUACCAUAUAUUCUAAUUAAUAUACAUAAGCAGUUCGCCCCAUCGCGAACGGGUUUGGUCACUAAAAUUGAAUGCGUCAGCUGUUUUGGAAAAUCUGAUGGCGGCACGCCGGCAUCCAUAUCCUCCAAUUCAAUCUCGUGAUUAUAUCAAGAUGAUUGCAUAACUAGUUACUAAUUAGAGCAAGACAAGUGUUUAUUUUGAUAGCACGAGAUCAACAUCAUCUAGUGUUUACAUACGUAAUCAAAUUAUCAAAUCAGUUAUUAUAAUCCUCUUUUGUUUAUCUAUCAAUCACUUUACUUUGAUCAGUGAUGCUGUGACGGUAUAUUAUUAUUUAAUGUUUCAUGUCUGGAUGCUUUGGAUGACAGAUAUAUGAAUACGUUUACCGGAAUAACAAAAAAAUGCAAAAAUGAAUAUUCGUUUGUAUUAUCAAAACAGAUUACAGAAGUACUAUCAUCUCUAUCAAUUUAUUUAGUCGAGACAUCAUUAUUGUUAGGUAUAUUUGACCAUGUAUUUCAAAAGAGAAAUUACAUAUACUCGUUUACCUGACUAGUCAACUAUUUUUAUUGAAAGUCAACUAUCUUGAUCACGGUAUAAAAAUGUUAAGUUCACACAAAUAAUACGGUUUAAGUAGUUAUUCUGAUGGUUGUUCAAAAAAAAAUAUGAAGUUAUUCUGAUUAAAUAAUAAAACUCAAUAGGAAAAUGAUAAUAUGUGUUCUCAAUAAUGUAUUUUCAUAUCCAUCGUCUCUACUAAUACAUUGUUAAAUAUAUCGGCCUAACAAAUAUUUACACAACACCUAGAUAAAUCAUUAUGAAAAUGUGGACAAACCUAUUGGCUUAAAGAAAUCGUGAAGAUGACACAAAUCACACCACCACAGAGAAGAAGUAACCAAACUCUACUAAACCAGGAAUCUUACCAACCUUUAGAUGAUGGACCAAUAAUGCGUUAAACAAAUGACGAUUUACUUAAUCAAACAACACAACUAUUAGUUAGAGUCCUAAAAGCAUGCCACAUGCACAUUCUAUAAUGGAUCGACAAUAAAUUAUUAUAGAGCUUAUCAUAAAUUUUAUCUGAAAACUACUUGAGGUCUUAACUUACAUAUUCGCAUAAUCACAUCAAGAAUACGACUUUUGUUUAAUCUCCGUCGGUUAUAGACUAUAUAAUAAAUGAUUUUUUAUAAUAAGGACAUGAUGAUCAAUGAUUUUCUGCGUUCUACUCGUGUAAUUUGACUGGUCGAAUUCUUAUUUUAUAUAGAUUCCAUAAACAAAUAUUUGUUACAAAUCACACACAUUGUAGGUUUUAACUUCUAAAUUUCUCCAAUAAAUAAUUUGAUAAACAGAUUUUAUUAUUUAUAAUCAAAAGAGAAAAAUUACACGUGUAGGUGUUUAACGCCGCCGUUAGUUAACUACAGUCUGUUAUUACUUGUUUGCUUUUCACUUUUGACUCUAACGUUUAAAACAGAAUGCAGUUUAACCACCGUAAACGGAAUAUACUCCAUUUAGUAUUCAGAUUCUCUUCCUCUAUAUAACAAACCUCUCCUCUCUCACGAAGCCAGCAGAGAGAUACGAAGAGAAUCAUUAAUUAGAAUAUUCCGAUGACCGGAGAAUUCGAACUCGCGAACAGUUACCAGAUGUGCGACGAGAUCGGCCGAGGACGAUUCGGAACAAUCACUCGCUGUUUCUCUCCCGCGACGAAAGAGUUCUACGCAUGCAAAACGAUCAACAAGCGCGUGCUCGUCGACGCUCUCGAUCGCGAGUGCAUAACGACGGAGCCGAGGAUCAUGGCGAUGCUGCCGCCGCAUCCCAACAUCGUCACGAUCCACGACCUCUUCGAGACGGAGGACACUCUCGCGAUCGUCAUGGAGCUCGUCGAUCCUCCGACGACGAUCUACGAUCGGCUGAUCUCAGCCGCCGGAGGGAGGCUAUCCGAAUCGGAAUCCGCCUCGUACGCCAAAAAGCUCCUCCGCGCGGUGGCUCAUUGCCACCGCCGCGGCGUGGUUCACCGCGACGUGAAACCUGACAACGUGCUAAUCGAUCUCGGAACCGGAGGCGUUAAGCUCUGCGAUUUCGGAUCGGCGGUGUGGCUAGGCGGGGAGAAGACGGAGACGGCGGAGGGAGUGGUGGGGACGCCGUAUUAUUUAGCGCCGGAGGUUGUGAUGGGGAGGAGGUACGGGGAGAAGGUGGAUGUGUGGAGCGUCGGCGUUGUGAUAUACACUAUGUUGGCGGGAGAGCCGCCGUUUAACGGCGAGACGGCGGAGGAGAUCUUCGAAACGAUACUGAGAGGGAAUCUGAUGUUUCCAAGGAAGGUGUUUGGAUCGGUAUCAGUGGAAGCUAAGGAUCUAUUGAGGAGAAUGAUUUGUCGCGAUGUUUCGCGGAGAUUUUCAGCAGAAGAUGCUCUUCGUCAUGCAUGGAUUGUGAACGUGGGGAACCUACAAAGCAAUUGACUGAAGCUCUCUAUGGUUUCAAAGUUUUUGAUUAGAGUUAAAAGAGUGGUGAUAUCGAUACGUGUAUAUGAUCCAUUCGAGUAUAGGUCAAACGCACGUAGCUGUAUUUUAAUAAUCCUACGGUUUGAGCUUCGGUUUAGAGAAUGUAGCCUGAAAACAUUUUGUAACGAUUCUGAAUAAAAAUGAUCUUGAGAGAU